UCGUACGUAACGUUCACGUAUAGCACUGUUGUGUUGUUUUGGCGACGAGUUUGAGAACGUACUACGACAAGCUAACGUUUCUAUUUCAAGUUUGUUUCAACCAUACAGGUGAAUAUAGUAUCGCCUUGGUUAAACAGAAAAUCGAACUCCUGUUUCGUUACUUACUCACUUACUUACGUUUUCGAUAAAGGCUAAACGCUAUUAGUUGUUAGCCUUGAAGCUAAUUUGUCAAACAUGGAAGGCAGCGCGAGUGUGAGGAGAGCGCUGUCCGGGACGCUGGUCCCUGCUUCGGUUACAACUAUGGCUCUACGGCAACAUCAAGAGGAGAGUGAGUCAGGAAAGCCGAAAAAGAAGGUCCUUGACGAAGAGGAAUAUGUUGAGAGCUUAGAGAAGAUCAUCGAGAGGGAUUUCUUUCCCGACGUCACAAAAUUGCAAGCGCAGAAGGAUUACCUGGAAGCAGAGGAAAAUGGAGACCUUGGGAGGAUGAGAGAGAUAUCAAUUCGAUAUGGAUCUUCUUUGUCAAAAUCUACACCUCAAUCUGCUGCUCCCUAUGUGACGCCGGCUAGUUUCGAGACCCCCGUGGGUCGUUCUGGAUCUCCGUCCUCUACUCCCGGUACUAAACUCUUAAAUGGAGACAUCAAGAAUGAAGAAAACAAAGAGAAGGAGCUUCCAUCCUUGGACCGCUUCCUUGGCAAAAAUACCAGUGAAGAUAAUGCUUCCUUUGAACAGAUAAUGGAAGUGGCAGAAGACAAGGAAAAACUGAAACAUUCCUGGUUAUAUGAGGCUGAAAGUGAAUUUAAACAGCGCCAUGAUAACAACCUGGCCUUAUUGGCACCAGAGAUUGCAGCUCUCGAAUGUGUCAAAGCAGGAUUGGAGACAUGGGAGUACAAAGCAAAGAAUUCCUUGAUGUAUUACCCCGAGGGUGUUAAAGAUGAUGAUGCUCUCUUCAAGAAACCCAGGGAGAUUGUUCACAAGAAUACACGUUUUGUCGGAGACCCAUUCAGCAAAGCUCUCAAUAAAAGCCAGAUUCAACAGGCUGCAGCUCUAAACGCACAGUUCAAACAGGGCAAAGUAGGGCCUGAUGGGAAAGAGCUCAUUCCAAAUGAAUCCCCAACAGUAAAUGGUUAUGGCUACGAAGGAACACCUUCUCCAGCACCAGGUGUGGCUGAGUCUCCUCUGAUGACCUGGGGUGAGAUCGAGAGUACGCCGUUUCGACUGGAUGGAUCAGACUCACCGUACGUGGAGAGGAAUCACGGUCCAUCAUUCAGGAUUCCAGAACCUGGGCGACGAGAAAGACUUGGCAUAAAGAUGGCUAAUGAAGCUGCUGCCAAAAACCGUGCCAAAAAACAGGAGGCGUUAAGGAAGGUCACAGAGAACCUUGCAAGUCUAACACCUAAAGGACUGAGUCCAGCGCUGUCGCCCGCACUUCAGAGGCUCGUAAAUCGGACAUCCAGCAAAUACACGGACAAAGCUCUCAGAGCAAGUUACACGCCGUCUCCCUCACACAGAUUCAUUGGCUCCAAGUCUCCGUUUGGCGGCCUGUCGACUCCAUCCGGAACACCGACGCCAAUCAAAGACAAGACGCCGAGCUCUCAGGACGUGACAUCACUCACGGACGAUCUUCUGCAACUUCCUAAAAGACGUAAAGCUUCUGACUUUUUCUAAAAGGGAAGGAACUGUUGCAAAAAUCUGCACAAUGUGAGGAACUUCAUUGCCAACUCUCUGUACCGUUUUGUUAAAUAUUAGAGGCACAUCUCCGAGUGUUUUGAUGAGAGUGUGAUGUACAGACAGAAGGCUUUUAUUUUUAGCGUCGGUUUUGUUGAUUUGGGUUCAUGUCGAUCCCAGUAAAAUAUACUUUAAAAGCUUGUUAAAAAAUGUUUUUUUUUUUUGGUCCACUUUUUAUAUUGUUUUUGAAAAUACAAAGAGAUAUUUGUCAUAUAUUUGUAGUUAGUUUUUCUUUUUACCAGAUAAUUGUGACUGCCCUGAUGAAACAGUUGAUGUUUAUGAUAAUUUAUGUAUUUAUAACAUGGUUCAAAUUCCCAGAGUCCAUACAGAUAAUCACUGUUCACAGAAUCACACAUAUUAUCAUGGGUUUAAGCCGCCAUGAGCCACAAAUGCCCCACAUGUUACAGUAAAACACAGUGAAGACAUUUUAGAUCAAGUGAUGUCGGUCAGGUAUGUGGAAAUUGUAGCACACAUGCUCCAGUUUCAUUUUUACGUCUCUGAAAAACCACCUAUUCACAGAUUGUGUUUUAUGAAAACAUCCGGAUGCAAAAAUGGAAUACUGUAAUGUAAUUGUAAUUCAGAGACAUUACAUUAAAUUUAUCUUUGGUUUUUUGUUUUACCA